AACGCUGGGAAGAGCAAAAAAAUGUAAAUAAACUGAACAGGGAGCAUAAAAGCACAUUGAUCCCCAGGUUCUGAAGCUGCAAUUUAAACGGUUUAUAUUUGUAAUUUAUUUAAGACUGUUUCUGGCAAAUCCAUUAGUAAUGAAUCUCCUUCACACGUUUUUAUUUUUAUGCACGAGAGCUUUAAGUUUGCCAGGACUUCUGCAAAGCAACUUUUACUGCAUCAAAUUACUGCAUUCCUUGAUUUCUCAGCACAUACUCACAGCAGCCACACUCAAACACAACGUUCAGCUUUGCACCAGACACCUCCAAAACAAGGUAUUGCUCUUAAAUUAACACAGCUGUGAAAAAGAAAGCAAGCACAAUGGUUUUGCCCUGUCCCUGCAGCAUUUUGCAUCCGAUGUCUGGUUAAAAUCAGCGCGAUCCUCCGCGAUCCUUGUCUCCUAAAUCCGUGGGGAACUUCUUCCUUGGGUAUUGAUGCAGGAUUGGGAGCUGUCAGCUCCGAUGGCUCUCACCAGCACACGGGCUCGAGACUCUAUUUCAUAAUAGGAAAAGAUGGCCAGCGUUUUCCUGACAGAAGGACCAGGCAUUUUUCAGUCAGUAAAAAUUACAGAGCUCGUUGAUGAUGCCUUUCCCAUAGAGAACGAGGACUGCAAAUUACCAGCAAAGAUGAUUUUUUUUUUUUUUUUGGGUACACGGAACAAAAAACCAGCACAAUCUGCAAAACUUAUUAAGUAAUGGGGUUUGAAACCCCCUCUUUGCAUGCUGCCGACACACUCACAUCAACCUAUGCAUUGAUCUUAUUCAAAAAGCACAGUCAUCUUUAUGCUGCUAGAAUCUGAGUUCUGUGUGCCGUAGCACACACUGCAAAUAAGAAAAAAAAAGAAAAAUAAAAGCCUUUAGGAAAGGCUUGUGCUGAACACACAAAAUACGCAGGAUGGAAAAAGACCAGAUGUAAUUAAAGCUUAUAUGAAAUGAGACAUUCCUAUUUGCAGAGCUCUGGCUGCAUUUCUAUGAGAAAGAAUGCACAGAAUUUCAAAUCAUGCUCUAUUUAGACAAUGUCAGAAGAAAAAAAAAACACAUUUUCCCCCCACACACCCCUCAAUACCCCACCCGGAGACCAAAAGGCAAAUCUCAUCAUCGGAAUUAGAGAGAAAAAGCAAUCCAAAGAGACUGGUUUACAUAUUCCUUCCCAAACCAAGUAAUCGAGUCUCUCCCUCUCCCGGCUAAUAGCUUAUAAAUUCAGACUUUAAACAAAAGCAUCCGAGGAAAAAAAAAAAAAAAAAAGAGAAAGAAUCCUAAUUCUCAAGCUUCCUACUUAGCACUGCCUCUCUUUUGAUGAUUUGUGCUGCUGUGUGUGCGUGCCUGUUUGAGAAAUGGCGAGAUAGGCUUAAAGUAUUUUCCAUUUCAUCAAAGAGCAUAUAUUACUUUCCUGGUUCGCUCCGAUGUUGGUUUUAUGCCCACCCCUUUUCAAUCUGCCCAUGUCUGAGAUGCACAGUGCAGGCGUACAAUCAUGAGCAGCUUACGACACUCAGUGAACACUGGGUGCCUCUGCAUGCUCUAGCAACAUACUGCUCAGCUGAAGGGAAGGGAUUCUUGCUGUCUCUCUCUGCUCUAAGCAUCACCUAACAAGCAAAGCGAACAAAGAAUGGGAAAUAAAGCGACCCUUAGCCGGUCAGUGAAUGAAUGGUAACCUCUCUCUGGAGUAAAGGUGGUGCCGGGUCCAUGGUCGUUUGCAAAUGAUGGACAUUAAACAGAUUGACAAAUCCUGUGGAGUCGUUAGUAAAGAGUUUGGAGUUUUUUUCACGCCACAGUGUUAACUGCAGAGGAAAGGACAGAGGGAGAAGGAGAAGAUCAAGCUCAUGUACAUAGUUCUGAAACUUGCAGGUCCUAGGAGGCAGCUCAAAAGCUAGCUGGACAAGCCUUUCGCUCGUUGAGCAGAAGCGAAGUGAGACAUUGUGAGCUUGCCAGCCUUGCACAACAUUGAAAGGGACUGAAUUUGUAGCACAGAGGGGUCUUUUUUAGCUCUGCAUAUAAUUAGUCCAAACACAAAGGAAGCAACUGAAUGGAGGUUGUCACUCUCUGGAAAAGGGUGGGUAAGACACUUUUUAAUUAAAUUCUUUCAUGAAGAAAGAUUUUUUUUUUUCCUUUGCUGCAGCAUUUAACAUGAACAAAAUCACUAUCAUUUUACCUUUGAAUGUCUGUGAACUUUAAUGCUGCACAGCUCCUGCAUGCUAUAAAGUGAAAUAUUUGCCUCUGUGUUUGUUCUGUUUGCUGUUUUGCUUUGGUUUUCGGGCUUUGUUUCGUUGGUUUGCCUUUUUUGUUUUUUUUUUCCUCCCUCGAAUAAAAUAUGAUGUAGAAUUUGAAAAGAUUCAAUGGACAUUCUCAAGCAUAUUUGGAAAUAUUCUUGCUAAUGGAUUUCCUUCUUAUUGGUCUCUGUUUAAACUGGCUGCUGAGGAAGCCCCCGGGGUUGAUAUUGUGUACGCUGGGUAUCUUUUCUAAAAUGCUUCCAGCUGUGAAUAGUGGGUGUCCACAGCUCUGUCGGUGUGAGGGCAGGCUUUUGUACUGUGAAUCACUGAAUCUCACAGAGAUGCCUCGCAACCUGUCGGGCAUGAUGGGCUUGUCUCUGCGGUACAACAGCCUUUCAGAGCUGCAUGAUGGACAGUUCACAGGGUUAAUGCAGCUCACGUGGCUCUAUCUGGAUCACAAUCACAUUUGCUCAGUGGAGGGGAAUGCCUUUCAAAAAUUGCGGCGAGUUAAAGAGCUCACCCUGAGUUCCAACAAAAUAACCCAACUGCCCAACACCACUUUCCGCCCCAUGCCCAACUUGCGCAGUGUGGAUUUAUCGUACAACAACCUACAGUCUUUGGAGCCCGACCUGUUCCACGGGCUGAGAAAACUGACAACUUUGCACAUGCGGUCGAACGCCAUCAAGUUCGUGCCAGUGAGAAUUUUUCAGGACUGUCGCAGCCUGAAGUUUCUAGACAUAGGAUACAAUCAGUUAAAGAGCCUGGCUCGAAACUCUUUUGCAGGCUUGUUCAAACUCACUGAGCUGCACCUCGAGCACAAUGACUUGGUGAAAGUGAAUUUAGCCCAUUUUCCCAGGCUCAUCUCCCUGCACUCCCUCUGCUUGCGAAGGAAUAAAGUUACCAUCGUAGUAAACACUUUGGACUGGAUAUGGCAACUCGAAAAGAUGGAUCUCUCCGGCAACGAAAUCGAAUACAUCGAACCUCACGUUUUCGAAAGUGUACCUCAUCUCAAAUCCCUGCAGCUGGACUCCAACCGGCUGACCUACAUCGACUCCCGAGUCCUCGACUCCUGGAAGUCCCUCACGAGCAUCAGCCUCUCUGCCAACGCCUGGGACUGCAGCCGGAACGUCUGCGCCCUGGCCUCAUGGCUGAGCAACUUCCAGGGUCGCUACGACAGCAACCUGCUCUGUGCCACCCCGGACUACGCCCAGGGAGAGGAUGUUUUGGACGCCGUGUACGCCUUCCACUUGUGCGAGGACAACGCCGACCCCACGAGCGUCAACACCUUCUCCCCGGUGACCAACAACAGCGAGCAGACGCUGGGCUAUGGCUCGGCCACCGCCACCUACGACGCGCCCGAGGGCGACGAGGACCGGACCACGUACGCCGUCACCAUCACCAUGCCCGGCGAGAACUCCGAGAACGCCGUGCAGAUUCACAAGGUGGUGACGGGCACCAUGGCACUCAUUUUUUCCUUCCUCAUCGUGGUUUUGGUGUUGUACGUCUCCUGGAAGUGCUUCCCGGCCGGCUUAAGGCAACUAAGACAGUGCUUUGUCACACAGCGCAGGAAGCAGAAGCAAAAACAGACCAUGCACCAAAUGGCUGCCAUGUCAGCCCAGGAGUAUUAUGUUGAUUACAAACCCAACCACAUUGAGGGAGCCCUGGUGAUCAUUAAUGAGUACGGAUCUUGUUCCUGUCACCAGCAGCCAGCGAGGGAAUGCGAGGUGUGA